AUGUUACUAUUGCUUUUGAUCGCACUUGGUGAGUUCUUCUCAUCACCGGCACUGGUACUGGCCGACGCAGCUACUUUGAACGCCACCAAAGAUAAUCCACAGGAGUUUGGAAAGAUUCGCUUGUUCGCGUCCGUCGGUUGGGGUCUGGCCAUGUUCGUGAUGGGAGUUGGUCUUGACUAUUCGGACACAUUCCGCAAUCAUCCGUGUCCUACCACGAAUACCACCGAGAAAAACUACACACUAUGUUUUGUGAUGUGCAGUAUCUUCAUGUGUGCAGCGAUGCUUUUGGCGACACAAUUCAAAUUCGAUGACGAGACAGCACGUCCAGAUGAGGUGGUUGGACUGGUGAUGGACACCCGAGAGUCCGAAGUGUCGCACGUAGUCGCUGAGAAGGCUAGAGCAAGGCAAGUGCAGGCAGAUGCUGCAUCUGAGAGUUCGGUCUGGAUCGCUGCUAAGGCACUGGCCAAUACCCACAUCCUCAUUUACUUGACUUCAGUUACCAUAAUGGGAUUCGGUGCUGGUAUUAUCUUCUCGUUCUUGUACUGGCACUUACAAGAUAUUGGAGGUUCACCAGUACUUUUCGGCAUACUGUCGGUGGUCAACCACGCUUCUGAAAUCGUCGCCUAUUUCUUUACGUUUCAAGUUAUAAAUAAAUACGGUCAUGUUAAGGUGAUGUACAUCUGUCUCGGUGUUAACGUGUGUCGUUUUGUGAUUCUAAGCUGGUUGGACAAUCCUUGGAUGGUGGUUCCGUUGCAAGUAUUGCAAGGUUUUGCACUGGCCACUGCCUGGGCUUCAGCGUCAUCAUACAUUUCGUUGAUCGCUCCACCACAUAUCAAAUCAUCAGCACAGUACAUCAUACAGUUACUCUACCACGGUGUAGGCAAAGGUGUUGGAAGUAUCGUCAGUGGCACAGUUAUUUCCGUUUUAGGAACUCGUCUGACCUUCUUGCUAUAUGCUCUACUUUGUGCAGUGAUGUGCGGCGGAGGAUACGGUCUGAACAAACUGUUCAAAUAUGAAGGCAUUAAAUACGGGACUGGAAUGUUUGAUGAGGACGAAAUGGGCAUUAUGGCACCCCAAGGUGUUCCUAUGGCACGAGACGGGAAGAUUACCGACGCCUUCAAUACUACGACGGCGAUCAAUACUAAUUAUGGAUCCAUGAUUGAAGAUGAUCCUACACAAGAUGCCUACGAUCGAUACGUGAGCACUCACGAAUGA